CAAUAUGGCGCACACACAGCCGAAGCGGUCCAAUCGGCUUUCUCCAUUCCUGACAGCUGGCCAAUGACAGAGCCCGCAUCAGGCUGAAAACUAUUCAACAUGGAGACAACAGUUGAAAAGCUUGAGGCGAUGUUCCUGAAGUCCGAGGCAGACCUGGAGUACAUCGAGAAGCGGCUGAAGCUGGACUUCAUCAACAACGCUGCAGAGAAUGGAUGUCCCGCUGAGGAGAACCCGGCGCUGAUGCUGGAGAAUCUGAGGGCCAUCAAGGCCAAACACACGGCGCUGUGCUCCCAGGUGAAGGAGAUCUCAGCCGCGCAGAAAGAAUCCAUGGCCUCCAUCAGGAGCGACCUCAGCAGUGCCAUGGAGCUGGUCCAGCACCUCCAGCAGACUGCUGAUGUGGAGGUUCCGCCGCUGACGGCGCCGGAGCAGGAGGCAGCGGAGCUCCUGGGUACAGCGGCCAGUGAGACCACAACAGAGGUGCCUCCUGCUGUAGAGGCUUCUGGCCCCCAGCAGCCACUGAGCUCUGAGUACGAGGAGCUGAGUGAAGCCAUGUUGGAGACGGUUCCUCCCAGCGUGCGCUCCAACAUCAAGCUGGCCGACCUCAACGCCUUCUACCAGCAGCUGCAGCAGCACCUCGGCAACAACAGCAGCUCCCUCAGUGUGCAGAAGAUGAAGCAGUUGAAGAUGAAGGUGAGCGAUGCCAAACUGAAGGUCCUGCAGCACCUCUCUUUAGUCGAGCUGGACCGGAGAGGCCACGUUCGUCUCGCCAUGUGAGCUGAAUUCAACCAAUGGAGACUGUUGAGUGGGUGGGUGUUGUUACUGGCUGGGCUGGAUUUGGCCGCUCCUCCACCUGUCCCACCUGGAGUAUGGAGGGGGGGGGGGGGAGCAUUGGCCAGACCAGAUGCAUCCAGGCCACCAGAUGUUUGUGGGCACAUGGGUCAUAUUUUCAGUCCAGAUGCCGUUUAUUCUUUGAUCAGGUUUUACCUGAGCUAUAUAAAAAUUCUUGAUAAAUGUCUUCAUAUGUCUGCAUAUGAGUGAUGUGGAUAUUCCUGUACUAUUGUAGACCGCAGUCUGAUUGUAUCAAUCAGUCAAAGGGGAUACCUUUCUGCAUAAAAUAUGGAACCCAAAGGAGAAUUAUGAUUGCCAUUAAUGGGCUAACAGUCAUAUUCACCUACACAUCUAUGGUCAAUUCAGUGUUCAGGUGCGUAGACUGAAAUUCAGAAUGUUGAAGAUUAAAUGGCAUUCAACAUCUUUGCUUGGGCCAGUGUUCCUGAGGAGAGGGCGGAAGGACUGUCAAAGGAAACAAAGGUUAACCAUAAGUGGGAGGGGGGGUGGGAUUGUUUAAAAUCAGACGGUGUGUCUUUGUAUAUCAUUUUUAUUUGCAUAUCCUUAAAUAGCACAAUGUAAAAUAAAAACCUUUGCAGAAAGUGUUUUCUUAAAUGGCUCUAAGGUUGGAACCAUUGGACUCAUUGGGUCAAACUGUUUUUUUCUUUUAACAAUCUGUGUACAUCAAAAGGACUUCUGAAAAGAAUUCAUUAAAAUUCUUUUAACAAUUCAAA